GGAUGGAAUUCUAUGGAGACAGUAAUUUCAGCUGAAAGGCUGGCCCUGACCCUACAAUCAACUGGCAGCUUAAGAGAAGCACAAGAACUUUUUGAAAGGUGUCUUGAUGCACGGAAAAGCUUACUUCCUCCCAACCAUAUUCAGAUUAGCGCCAACAUGCUUCACAUUGCCAGGGUAGCAAUGCUAAAUUCCAACCAAUUAAGGAAGAGGCACGUUUCUGAAGCAAUUGGUGAGCUUGACCGAGCGAAAGAACUAUUAGACAAUUCGAUAAGGAUAGCACGCCAUGUUUUAAGUAAAUCAAUGAAACAGAAAGGUGAAAAGCACAAUUAUGGAGCAGACAGAGAAACUAUAAGAGAUAGGCGUGCCACAUUGGUCAUACUGUUACAAUCACUUCAAGCUCUUGGGCUUCUGGAGAUCACAAAGCAAGAGAUACAGGAGACAGAGCUAAAGGAAAAUUUGCCUUUUCAUGAGGCUGAAAGUGUACUAUUUGAAUGCAUUGCUGCUUACAAAGAGAGCAAAUCCAAAGAGUUCGCAACAGAGGAGUCAAUUAGUGAUUCUCCAGAAGUGAAGGCAGAGUAUCUUUCAUGUCUGAAACAUCUUUCCAAUUUAAUGGGUGACGCCAAUGUUCGGGGGACACACAAUUCUAGGGAAGCUACUUUGCAAGAAUUGAAAGAGGAAAUCAAGCAUUUAGAACUUGAAACUUCUCCCAAUAGAAGAUAUAAACACUAAAACUGUGGCCAAUUUCGGUAUAACCGGAGGUUACAGCUGGAGAACGAUCAUCUAUUUGUUUGCUUGAAGUAACUGGUUCAGUCCCUCUGUGACGUGCAUACAAAAAUUAGGGCGAGGAGGUUCAAUUCAAUUUGUAAGCUAUACCAUACAUAAAAUAAGAAGAGUAAUGCUACAUUUAUACUAUCCAUUACAUCAUUUUUAUUACAUCAUCACCAUUUUAUUAAUAAUUAUUUUAUUAUAAUAUUAAAAUUUUAAAAUAAUUAAAAUUUUGUGUAAAUGUGGGAUAUGUCACAUCAUGGUGUAAUGAAAAUGAUAUAAUGCGUAGUGUAGAUGUAGCAUUACUCAAAUAAGAAUGGUCAGGGUAGUGUUGUUUCCUUUUCUUAGCCAUUUUCCCGGAAUUUUCUUGGUAACUCUGUACAAUGUC